UACGCCUGGCUCGGAAUAACAAGACAGUUUGCUAAUACCAGCCGAUCGGAGCUUUACUCAUAUCUACACAGCGAGCUAAAAAAAGCAAGCAAGCAAGGCAGCCAAGCAAACAGCACAGCUCAAGUUUCGCAACCCAGCAUGGCUUCGGGAGACCUUUACGAGGUUGAAAAAAUUGUAGAUAAGAGAAAGAACAAAAAGGGAAAGUGGGAAUAUCUUAUCCGAUGGAAAGGCUACGGGAGCAAUGAGGACACGUGGGAGCCUGAGCAUCACCUCCAACACUGUGAAGAGUUCAUUGAUGAUUUUAAUGGACUUCCCAUUUCCAAGGACAAGCGCUCAAAGCCAGGCAAGCAGGGUGGGGGCCCCCGGUUUCUCCGGGAAGGGCGAGCGGUCUCUUCUGAAUCUGUCAGGGGCAAAGUGGCAACCCACAAAAAGAAAAGGACUAACACAACAGGCUCCCAAAAGCAAAAACGGUGUUAUGGCAGUAAACACGCACUUGACAGAGCUACGAAGACUGUGACAUAUAGGACCACCCCCAGUGGACUGCAGAUAAUGCCCAUGAGGAAGCCACACAAUGGAAUACAAAACGGAGACACCAGUCUGGACAAAGAUUCCUUACACUAUAGAGAUACAGCCCGGGAACAAAAAUUAGCAAACGAUGGAGAACAUGAAAUGUUGGACGACUUGGAAGUUAAUGACUCCCCCCUUAUGAAUGGAAUUGGGUCCACACUUUCCAAUGGGGGAAUUAAUUUGCACAGUGCAGUGAAACGGAAACUGGUAGAAGACAAAGACUAUGUGUUUGACAAACGACUCAGAUAUAAUGUUCGACAAAAUGAAAGCAACUGCCGGUUCAGGGACAUAGUGGUUAGAAAAGAAGAAGGUUUCACACAUAUACUGCUAUCAAGCCAAACAUCUGACAACAAUGCUUUAACCCCAGAGAUAAUGAAAGAAGUGAGGAGAGCUUUGGGUAAUGCCUCAGUAGAUGACAGCAAGCUGCUGCUCCUGAGCUCAGUGGGUAGUGUGUUCUGCAGUGGCUUGGAUUACUCAUACCUCAUUGGCAGAUUAUCAAGCGACAGGAGGAAGGAAAGCACAAGGAUCGCUGAAUCCAUAAGGGACUUUGUAAAAGCUUUUAUUCAGUUUAAGAAGCCUAUCGUGGUAGCUAUCAAUGGACCAGCUCUGGGGUUAGGAGCUUCCAUCUUGCCUCUCUGUGAUAUUGUGUGGGCCAGUGAGAAGGCCUGGUUUCAGACACCAUGCGCUACCAUCAGGCUGACCCCAGCAGGCUGCUCAUCUUAUACCUUCCCUCAGAUUUUGGGGGUUGCACUGGCAAACGAGAUGUUGUUCUGUGGGAGGAAGCUAACCGCUCAGGAGGCAUGCAGUAGGGGAUUAGUAUCACAAGUCUUCUGGCCAACAACCUUCAGUCAAGAAGUGAUGCUCAGAGUGAAGGAAAUGGCUACCUGCAGCGCUGUGGUGCUGGAAGAAUCCAAAUACCUGGUGCGAAGUUUGCUGAAGUCUGCGCUGGAGGGGGUCAAUGAGAAAGAGUGCCAGAUGUUAAAGCAACUGUGGAGCUCCUCAAAAGGACUUGAUUCCCUAUUCAGUUACUUGCAGGAUAAAAUCUACAAAGUCUAACUUCCCCGUCGAUAUGAAAGCAAACAGACGAAGAACGGGAAGGAUUAUUUAUUGACAGCUAGCACUUCCAGUUCAUAAAGAAAACCCUGCUGCCCUUGCUGGUAUACCAGCGACAUUAUCUAAUUGACAGACCUCAUGAGAUCUUCCACUAUGAGUGGCUGCAGGUACUCUAUACAGGAUAAGACUUCAAAGGAGGUUGUAGAAUGGAUAACUGAUGAUCAUGCUGGAACAAUUUGUAUUUGUAAGUAGACUGCAAAGUUUUCCCAUUACAUUCCAGCUCUGCAAACUUGAAAAAGACAACAAUGCAAUCCUUUUGAAGAUAACAUAUUUUUUAUUUAUUUAUACAAGCUUUGCUGUGAAGUGGUCCCAGACAGCAAAAGGAAAAACAAUAUUUUCAUAAUGUCUUUUUAGGUUCUUUGUAAAAGAUUUUAUUUUAUUUUUUCUGUCACAUAAGAUCAAUAUGCGUUUCAUUAAGUCUAUGGAAACCAAAAUAUGGAUCUAUUCACAAUUUGAAUGAACUCCUGCGCUUAACGCAUCUUUCCAAGACAUUCCUUAGUAUUAUUUAAUUGUGCAAAACAGAAUGAGCCAUUGAUUAUUUAACAUAACUGAAGGGACCUACAGCUUAUAUUUUUGUGUGUAAAUUGGAAGGUCGUCUGAUUUUUGCUCCCAAUCAAACUCUACUUUAGCAACUUUAAAGAAAUGAUCCAGACAUGCUGAAAAAGAAGAACGAUGACAUAUAAUCUCCUAAAAAGAUUUGCUUUGGGUUUUGAGACGUAUUAUUUUUAAAGGUUCAUACAUUUUUCUACCUGACUCUCUUUUUUUGGCAACCAAGAGCUGUCCAUGCUGCUGAUACCUUAAAUAAAAGGUAGAAGGGUUUUAUACAACAUUUGCUUUACGGCUGGAAGUCUAUUGGACACCCCAUGUCAGGGGUGUCCAAUCACAGUCCUGGAGGGCCAUACCACUGCAGGUUUAACAGAUAAAUUAAACUAACUACUUCAGGGUCUGGAUGGAGGUUUGAUUGGUUCAACUGAACAAUUUAGAACAGGGUUGGAACAAAGGACAGGAGUGAAAGGGACAACUUUGGCCACCCCUGCCCUUUGUGCUUAAAGUAACAACCAACAAACUGCCAGGAACACUAUAAAGCUUAACUUGUUGUUUUAUUGUUGAACAGGGUUGCAACUUAGUCCAGUUCUGACAAAGAAGCAAGGUCUUUCUAGACUGACCAGGCUCCUGGGCCAUAAAGACCUUUCUGAAAAGUGAAACCACAUCCAGGACGAAGCACAGACCUUGUGUGAGAAAAAUAUCACAUGCUUGAAACAACCAUGUUUACUAUUCAAUUCGUGAAUAACCAACUCCACCUGUCCCUACGCCAUCUGUAGUGGGCAAACGAUAAAAUAUAUUCUCAACAGAUACCAAAAGUAGAGGGGUUCAAACUGGCAACUGACUACCUUUGUGAGACAAAUAUGGAAAGUGUUGUUCAUCUCUAAAAAUGGAUUGACCCUAUGAGGACAGUGGGAUUUGAAAUAUCAAUUUAGAAACUUCUUCAUGUGGACACUGAUGGAUUUGCAUUUUAGGAUCUCAUGGUCAAACUAUUUGUUGGAAGAUUGGACACACAGUGGCUAUGGUUAAAAUCUGAUGGCCAAAAAUGUGGUUUGCUUGCCAGAUAAAACAGGCUUCAGCUUGAUUCAAUAUUGUCAGUGGUGAUUUGCAUCUUAUUGCAAGAGUGAUGACUGCAGAAUCGCGAGGUUCCAUAAAUUCUGUCAGUCGGUCAGUAAAUACUAAGACAACGAUCACCCUACAGAAUUUAUUUUGGCUUCAGGGAAGAAUGGAUGCAAUCCACUCAGUCUCCUCCCCUUAUAAGAUUAAGAUGGUAAAUUAGCAUUGUCAUUAUUCUGAUCUACCACGCUUUCACUAUGCAUUUAACUUGAUUUACCUUAAGUACAUAUCCUGUGUUUGCUAUCACUAUGUUUAACAGCUUUGUUCUAUUUGCUGUGCUUUUGCCAUUGUAUACUACAGCAAACGUUUGUAAGGGUCCAGUACAAUAUUUGUACCACAAAAUAUAUAUAUUUUUUUAUUUUCCAUGUCAUGGUGGAAACUGUAACUAGAGGGGAACGGGACAUUUGGGAAGUACAGUCGAGCUGCAGUAGUUUAAAAAUUGUUGUUAUUUUUUUAUUGAUUUUGAAGGAUACUCUUUAGGGAACUGGCAAUUGGCUUUAUAGGCUUUUGCUUAGCAGCAAAUUUAAAUUGCAAAGGACAGGGGUUAAAGAACAUAUUAUUAUGUUACACAUUUGAAUUUCAUGAACUGGGGAUCAAAGUACAGCACCUGCUUUGCAUUAGAAAAGCAAUGACUUGUUUUUUUUUCUGUUUAUUUGAUCAGGAAUAUCUUUAGAUACGCAGAAUAAAAAGCCAGAACAAGUUGACCAUGCUGGUAGAAAAAACAGGUACUUAUGACUUGCCUAGUUUUACUUUUAAAAGACAGUUAAACAAAUGCCAGUCCUGUCACCAGAACUUGGUGUAUGACAAGCUUUAGAGUUUGUGAAAUUAUGCUGUAUGAUAUGAAUCCAAAAUAUUUAUUUUAAGUCAUUUAUUAUUUUAGAUUUUAGGACUUUCUGAUUCCAAAGAAAUAACUUGGUGGGGUGGCUUUUCAACUCUGCUGGCCCCUAAAUUAAUAAAGAAUUUGGGGUCAGCAAAUUUCAACAGGCCGUAUGAUUUGAUUUUAUUUGGAAUCAGAAAGUUCCCAAAAUGAGCUGGCAACUAGGAUUCUACAGGCACAGAUAAUGCCAUGUGGACAUUUGACGGUACUUGCUGUUCCCUCUUGUUUAUGGGAUAUGUAGUAAAACAUAAAUCUCCACAGCAAAGGGACUGUGAAACUAUUAUUUUCAGUCGAUAAGGGAGUAGUGCAAAUAAAAUUAAAAAAAAAAAAAAAAAAAAAAAAAAACACUUUGUGUUUUUGCUGAUAUUAUUACAUUAAGCUUAAAUGAAAGCUUUCUAAAUCUACUUGAAAUUUCUAAAGGAACUAAAAGCUGUUUUUUUGGGUUUUUUGUGAACCUUGUACGGAGUUCAGCUUUAGAAAGGCAUUUAGAUGUAUUAUUUGUUGUAAAUCUUUUGUUGGUACACACAUGAUUUAAACAGUUACACACAAUACCCAUGUAGAUAUAACAAGAGGCUGAUAAUAAACAUGGCAUUCUGAUGCCCGCAUGUACUAUUCUUAAAUGUUGAUUAUAUUAAAUACAUAGGCGCAUAAAUUAUUAUUAAAUGAAGUUUCUAAAUAUAUAUGAAAAGUUUAUUUUAGUAGCACUUUUAUUAUAUAAGUUAUUGGACAUUGGGGUGUAUUUUUGUAUGUGUUUUGCUCCAAAGUGAUUUUUUUUUUCCACUGUGCACUUCUAUUUAUCACCCGUAAGGCUAUUUAUCUUGCUUAAUUCAUAUUGCAGGCUUUUGAGGAGAUAAUGUUGAAUUGCAUGUGUUGAUGGAUGCAGAAUAUAUAUGUAUAUAUUAGUA